AUGAUUUAUAAUAUUUAUUUAUUGAUACCACUUUUAUUGGUGGCAUACAAGGUAUUGAAGAUAGUUCAAUUACGAAUUCGUAGUAAUAGUAAUGGUAAUAAACCAAUCGCUUCAUUCAUUAGUGAUGGUAGAUUUGGAUUCAAGACUGUUAGAGAGAUGGUACAAAGGAGGGAAGCUGGGACAUUAAUUGAUUAUUUCCACAAAAGAUUUGAAGACAAUCGUUCUAAUACUUUAAGUGCUAGAAUUGCUGGUAUGAUAACAAUAAAUACCAGGGAUCCGGAAAAUAUCAAAGCCAUCUUAGGAACUCAAUUCAAUGAUUUUGAUUUAGGUGUGAGACAUAGUCAAUUUUAUGCUCUUUUGGGAGAUGGUAUUUUCACCUUAGAUGGUGAUGGUUGGAAACAUAGUAGAGCUAUGUUAAGACCACAAUUUUCUAGAGAGCAAGUAGCUCAUGUUAAAUCUUUAGAACCUCAUAUAAAAAUAUUGAUUGAAAGUAUUAAGAAUUAUCAAGGUGAAAUGUUUGAUAUUCAAGAUUAUUUCUUCAAAUUUACCAUUGAUACUGCUACUGAGUUUUUAUUUGGAGAAAGUUGUUCAAGUUUAUCAGAAGGGAUGUCAGAAAAAGGUGGGAUUUCUAUUGAAAUGAAACAAAAAUUCCCUAAAGCUUUUAAUGAUUCUCAAAGUACUCUUGCUGAUAGAACAAUGCUUCAAAGAUUCUAUUUCCUUAAUAAUCCUCAAAGUUUCAAAGAUAAUUGUAAAAUUGUUCAUGAAUUUACAGAUUUCUUUGUUAAUAAAGCUUUAAAUGCUCCUUCUAAAGAAUUAGAUGAGAAAUCAGAAUAUGGUUAUACUUUCUUGUAUGAGUUAGUGAAACAAACAAGAGAUCCUAAAGUUUUAAGAGAUCAAGCAUUAAAUAUUCUUUUAGCUGGUAGAGAUACAACAGCGGGAUUAUUAAGUUUUACAUUCUUUGAAUUAGCACGUAAUCCUGGAGUUUUCAAAAAAUUGAAGGAAGAAGUAUAUUCCAGAUUUGGAUCAGGAAAAGAUGUUAAAAUUGAUGAAAUUACCUUUGAAAGUUUGAAAAGAUGUGAAUAUUUGAAAGCUGUUAUUAAUGAAAUUCUUAGAUUAUAUCCAUCAGUUCCAGUUAACUUCAGAGUUUCUAAUAAAAACACUUCUUUACCAAGAGGUGGAGGCCCUGACGAACAAAGUUCAGUUUAUAUCGAAAAAGGAACAGUUGUUUCGUACUGUAUUUCGAGUUGUCAAAGAAACAAAGCUAUUUAUGGACAAGACGCAGAUAUUUUCAGACCUGAAAGAUGGUUUGAAGAAUCUACUAAGAAAUUGGGUUGGGCUUAUUUACCAUUUAAUGGAGGUCCAAGAAUUUGUUUAGGUCAACAAUUUGCUUUAAUUGAGGCCAGUUAUGUUAUUACCAGAUUGGUACAAGAAUUUGAACAUUUAUCAGGAAUUGGAGAAUUCCCACCAAAGAAACUGUCUCAAUUAACUAUGUGUUUAAAAGAUGGUGCUUAUGUCAGUAUGUAUUAA